AUGGCAUACUUAUACAAUAGACAAAAUUUACCGAAAAAUGCUAAAAUAGACAGACCAUCAUACUCGGAUGUCAUCACUGGAUUAGCAUUCGAUUUAGACAUUCUAGGACGAAGUCCUCGAUCUCGAAGGCCUAAAAAAGCACCUAGUGAUAAAGCUCCUGGAACGACUACCAGCGCGGAAGAAAAGCGACCUCGAACGGCGUUUAGUGGUCCACAACUUGCCAGGCUUAAGCACGAGUUUGCAGAGAAUCGUUACUUGACGGAAAGGCGGCGGCAGCAGCUGAGUGCAGAACUUGGUCUGAAUGAAGCCCAGAUAAAAAUCUGGUUCCAAAACAAAAGGGCCAAAAUUAAGAAAGCAUCAGGCCAAAAGAAUCCCCUCGCUCUCCAACUGAUGGCUCAAGGCUUGUACAAUCAUUCCACAGUGCCUUUAACCAGGGAAGAAGAAGAGCUGCAGGAGUUACACAAUUCUUAAAUAGCAAUUUGAUGUGAAGUGACUGUUUUUAGUACAAUUGAAGUGAUUAUGUGAAAUAUUUAUAAACUUAUUGAAAAUGGUGAUAUUAAAACAAGUGUGGACUUGAGUGAAAUCUGAGACGAAGAAAUAUUUUCUCUUAGAAAACUUGUCAUAUCGAACAGAGUUUUAUUAAUAGUUAUUUGUAAUAUGUGCUCGAUCUUGUAAAAA